AAAAUCGGCCACGGUGGACCCGCAUACAUACAGAGCGUAUGUGAAACGUAGCGCGACCUAGUGACGCGACCGCUCGCUUUGCUUGCUGCGCCGUCACAACAGUCAAACCGACGCGCAGCGUCGUCGCUAAACCGCCAAGGAUGGAGUCAUAUCACAGUGUCGCCGUCAUUGGCGCCGGCCUGGCUGGCCUGUACGCGGCGCGCCUACUGAAGGAGAAGUUCCCCGAUGUGGUUGUGCUAGAGGCGCAGAACCGCAUCGGUGGCCGCGUCAAGCAGGUGCACGGCAUGGCGCCGUGGCCCAUCGAGGCCGGCCCCGAGUUCGUGCACGGCCGCAACAGCGUGCUCGUGAAGCUGGCUGAGACGCACAUGGGAGUCACGUUCAGCGAGAAGGAGUGGCCGGACUGGUGGUACUUUGGCAAGGAGGUGGGCGGCCAGGGCCUCAUCAACGACGAGCAGGUGGACGACGAGGUGGACAAGGUCCACGACCUGUUCGGGGACUGCGAGGAUGAGGAGGUGCCGCCGCCCGGCCGCGACGUGAGCGCCGCCGAGUGGAUGGCGCGCAAGGGCUGCACGCCGCGCCAGGUGGCGGUGGCUGACGCCUGCUACGCCAACGACUUCGGCUGCUCGCUGCGGCAGCUGGGCCUGCGUGAGAUGAUCCACGAGAACAAGAAGUGGGACUCGGGCGAGACCUACCUGCUGAUGGACCGGUCCAUGGGUCACAUCGUGACCCACCUGGCCGAGGGCGCCGACAUCCGCACCAACUGGGUGGUGGCCUCCAUCAACUACGCCAGCGCCGCGGGCGGCGGCGUCACCAUCCAGGCGGAGGACGGGCGCGUGGUGCGCUGCAAGGCCUGCCUGGUGACAGUGGCGCUGCCAGUGCUGCAGAAGGGCAUGAUCGCCUUCAACCCGUCGCUGCCGGCGCCCAAGGCCGCCGCUAUCUCGCGCAUCCGCAUGGGCAACGCCGUCAAGGUGAUCAUGGGCUUCUCGCGGCGCUUCUGGGCCAAGGACAUGUAUGACGUGGUGUGCCCGGGCGCCUUCGUGCCGGAGUUCUGGAUGCUGCAGCACACUGUGACGAACCCAGGCGCCGGCACGCCCAACUGCGUGGUGGGCUUCCUGGCGGGAGAGCGUGCGGACGCCAUCUGCCGUAUGGAUCCCGAGGACGUCAAGCGCCGCUUCCUGUCCCAGCUGGAUGAGGUGUUUGCCACACCCGGCGACGCCCGGCCCGCCUCGUCCUCACUGGUGCAGUGCCAGAUCGUGGACUGGUCGCAGGAGAAGUUCGUGGGAGGCGCAUACACCUACCCCACGCUUGGUGCGGAGGCUGGCGACCGCGCCGCGCUGGCCGCGCCCGUGGCCGGCAAGCUCUUCUUUGCGGGCGAGGCCACCAACGAGGACUGCAACCCCUGCAUGCAGGGAGCCAUGGACACGGCGGCACGGGCCGCGACCCAGAUCACAGCGGUGCUCAGUGGCGGCGCCGCCGCGGCCGCGCCGCGCAGCAGGCUGUAAGCGACUGCCAGUGCGGCGAGGUGGGGAGGCAGAGAGGGAGGCAGAGGGACCAUCGAGGGUGUGUGGGUGGGGGAGGGUGGUAGUGAGUGGUGCGGGCUGCUGUGGGCGUGGGCGAGCGAGACUGUGAGAGUGCCGGGUUGCUUGCAAUGGGAGAGACGCAGCGGACGCAGCGGGUAAGUAUCUGUGUAAUUUUGCAGGUUGGCGUGUGGUAUUUAUGGCAUGGGGGCAACUGCCACCCGUGGGCUUUCGUACGGGUUGAAACCCCAUGUGGCGUGCUUUCGGUCUACAGUAACGACCAAUGACAAGUGCGACUGGUCUAGAUACCAGAAUGAACCACAGACUUUCUUGACCAAAUGACCGGCCCCUGCCCAUUCUUGAAAUACGACGGUACGUCGGGUGUUCACUGACGCAAUGCCGCAUCGGCUAUAGCGAAGGGCCCGAGUGACAACUUGACAGUAAAUAGUUAGGCAGAAGCACAGUACGCGUUUGUUGGUUCACAGGUAGGAAGAGAAUCUAGAUGUACAUGAUGGCGGAUACUGGAUGGGACUGCGUUGCAAGGCGAGUGAGGGCACUGAUGGCUUGACGUGUUGGUGGGUCAGUUACCACGUGGGACUUUGAGAGAAAGAGAAAUGCCCGCGCGCGAUGGGCUCACGAUGAAUGAGAGCGGAUGGAUACGAGGAGAAGUUAGCUGUGGCCCUGUGCGGCCUAGCGCUGUCUUGUGCUUCAGAACGGCGGCCGUGUUCGGAGGCGCAUUGUAAGCUUCGUGAUAA